GAUGAAUUGUGUUUCAUUUCAGAUAGCUGACUUAUGAUGCAGUAACAUUAGUGGAGCUUCAAGGCAUGGUAUGAUACAGCCCAAGUCUGUGACUACUCACUGACCGCAAGAUGGCUUCCAAGCCAAUAUCCAUAGUCCAGUCAUACAUCAAUGGACUUCGCUCCAAGUCUGACGAGGAGAAAUCCAAGACUGUCCAUGAGCUGUACCGCUAUGUCAGCACGGAGCUGCUGGAGGUGCCGCCGGCCGAGCUGCAGGCCUUCAUGGACGAGUUCAACCACCAGAUCUUCAACCUGGCCUCCAGCGCCGACAUCAACGACAAGAAGGGCGCCAUCCUGGCCAUCGUGAGUCUCAUCAGCGUGGACGUGGGUAACAGCACGACGCGCAUCACGCGCUCUGCGAACCUGCUGCGCAACCUGCUGCCGGGCGCCGACACGGGUGUCAUCGAACUGACGGCCAAGGCGGUGGCGCGGCUGGCCAUCAGCUCCGGCCUCAACUCGGCCGAGUAUGUCGAGUUCGAGGUGAAACGGGCCAUCGAGUGGCUGGGAGCGGACAGAAACGAGAACCGGCGCCAGUCAGCGGUGAUUCUGCUGCGGGAGCUGGCUGCCUCGGUCCCCACCUACUUCUUCCAGCAGGUGGGGCCGUUCUUCGACAUCAUAUUCUGCGCGGUGCGCGAUCCCAAGCCGAGUAUCCGCGAGGGCGCCGUCGGUGCCAUCCGUGCCGCGCUGCAGGUCACCGCACAGCGCGAGGGCAAGGAGUCGCAAAAGCCGCAAUGGUACCAGCAGUGUUACGACGAGCUCGAGCUGGGCUUCACGGACGAGUCGCUGCGCGGCCUGACGCGCGAGGACCGCAUCCACGGCUCGCUGCUGGUGCUCAACGAGCUGCUGCGCUGCUCCAACGUGGACUGGGAGACUGAGCAGCAGCAGCUCGAGGCCGUGGCGCUGCAGCACACAGAUGGAGCCGCACGGCCGGCGCACCACCACCAGCACCUACAGCCGAUGCAGCAGGCCCCGUCCCCGGCCCCGCAGCAGCAGGCGCCGCGGCAGCGACGCUACAAGGCCAUGCUGAUGCGACUGACGCAGAAGCCGAGCUUCAGUCCGAGCUACCUGCUGAGCGGCGCGCCGGCCGGCGGCGGCGGCCAGCCGCUCUACGCCAGUCUCACGUGCCGCGCGCUGCUCACCAGCAAAUACGCGGCCAUCUGCCACCACGUGACGUCUAACAUGUACAACAAGAGUCCGUACGUGCAGCAGGUGAUCCUGUCCAUGCUGCCGCGGCUGGCUGCUCUCGACAGGGACCGGUUCUGCAGCAAGUACAUGUCCAAGGCGGUGCUGUACAUCCAGUGGUGGCUGCAGCGAAAGGACGCCGCCAAGUCGUCGGCCUUCCUGUGUCUGGGCUUCCUGGCCGCCGCUGUCCGACAGCACAUCACCAAAUACGUGGGCAGCGUGCUGGAGCCCAUCAAGACGCACAUCAUGCCCAAGGACGGUUCUCUGAAGAAGCGCGGCGCGCCGGUACAGACGGAUCAGGCGGUGUACGUCUGUAUCUGGCUGCUGGCGCGCGCCGGACGAGCAGAGCUCCGGGCUGACAUGGACGAGCUGCUAGGACACAUGCUGGCCUCGUCGCUCACGCCGGCGCUGACACACGCGCUUCAGGAGGUGGCCACGCAGAUCCCGGAGCUGCGCCAGAAGGCCGGCGAGGGUCUGAUGACGGUGCUGUCGGCGCGGCUGGGGGUGCGUCCGCUCGUGCUGCGCCACCGGCCGCCGCCGGCCGGGCCCCUGGCGCGACCCGCCACCGACCGGCUGACCGUCAUCAACACCGUGCUGGCCAUGAGGACGCUGUCACACUACGAGUACGACAACCGUUCGCUGAUGCUGUUCAUCCAGUACUGCGCCGACAACUACCUGACCUCAGAGGACGCCCAGGUGCGUCUGGAGGCCGUCCGCACCACCUCGCACCUGCUGACGCCCUCGCUGCUCGGCGUCACUGGGCGCAGCUCGACGCUGCAGAAAUCGGUCAGCGACGUCAUCAGCAAGCUGCUGGCGGCCGGCAUCACCGACACCGACCCCGACAUCCGUCUGACCGUCUUCUGGUCGCUGGAGGAGCGCUUCGACAACCACCUGGCGCAGGCCGAGAGCCUCAACGCCCUGUUCGUCUCGCUCAACGACCAGGUGUUUGAGAUCCGCGAGAUGGUGCUCUGCAUCAUCGGCCGGCUGAGCGCCAUGAACCCAGCCUACGUGAUGCCCAGCCUGCGCAAGACGCUGAUCCAGAUUCUGACGGAGCUGGAGCACAGCGGUCUGGCCAGGAACCGUGAGCAGUCGGCGCGCCUGCUCGGCCACCUGGUCUCGUCGUCGCCGCGGCUGACGCGCCCCUACCUGCGGCCCAUCAUGAAGGUGCUGUGUCAGCGCCUGAGGGAGAACGAGCCGAACGCGGCCGUGGUCAGCAGCAUCCUGUACGCCGUCGGAGAUCUGGCGCACGUGAGCGGUCCGGAGAUGGGCCACUGGGUGAACGAGCUGUUCCCGCUGCUGUUGGCAAUCCUGGCCGACAACAGCUCGCUGGCCAAGCGGGAGGCGGUGCUGUACACGCUGGCCAACCUGGUACAGGCGCGCGCGGACCCCAGCGGGCCGACCAGCAGCGCCUACCAGCAGUACCCGCAGCUGCUCGACGUACUCAUCGGCUUCCUCAAGACCGAGCAGCAGCCCACCAUACGUCGUGAGACGAUUCGUGUGCUGGGUCUGCUGGGCGCUCUAGACCCCUACCGAAAGAGGACACUCAACCAGGAGUCGAACGAGGAGUGUCUGGUGAUCCCCGACCCGGACACCACCGAUACACUGGCGGACGCCAACAGCAGCGUGCGGCUGGUGAACAUGUCGCAGCACUCGAUGGACGAGUUCUACCCGGCCGUGGCCUUCGGAACGCUCAUGAGGAUCAUUCGCGACCCGGCGCUCUCCCAGUAUCACACCAUGGUGGUCCAGGCGAUCUCGUUCAUCGUGCAGUCGCUGGGCACCAAGUGCGUCUCGUACCUGUCACAGGUGAUGCCCUGCCUCCUGCUGGUGAUCCGCACGGCCGACGCGCCCUUCCGCGAGUUCCUCUUCCAGCAGCUGGCCACGCUGAUCGACGUGGUGCGCCAGCACAUCCGGCCCUCGUUGCCCGACAUAUUCCUGGUGAUCCGAGAGUUUUGGCAGCUGGACUCGCCGCUACAGCCCACCCUGAUCGCCCUGGUGGAGCACAUUGCCGCCGCGCUCGGAUCUGAGUUCAAGACGUAUAUGCCGCAGCUGAUCCCCAACACGCUGCGGGUGCUGUACCACGACACAAGCCGAGGACGCGUCGUCACACUCAAGCUGCUGUCGGCGCUGCGGAAGGUGGGCCGCAACCUGGACGACCACCUGCACCUGGUACUGCCGCCCAUGGUGCGCCUGUUCGACCCCAAGGACGCGCCGCUGCCCGUCUGCCAGGAGGCGCUCGUCACCGUCGCCGACCUGGCCACCAAGCUCGACCUCACCGAAUACGUCGGGCGCAUCAUGCACCCGCUGAUCCGGUGUCUGGACACGUGUCCCUCGCUCCGCUCGCCGGCCAUGGACACUCUGUGCGCGCUGGUACAGCAGCUACGUCGCCGCUACGCCCUCUUCAUGCCCACGGUGAACAAGGUGCUGCUCAAGCACGGCAUCCAGAACGUCGAGUACGACCAGCUCAUCAGCACGCACGUACUGACGUCAGCGAUGGAGGAGGACAGUCCGAGCUGUGUCUACCAGCCGGGAUUCGUGCAGCCGGAGACCGCCGAGCCGGCACCAUCCAAAAAGCUCUCCGUUUCCGUCAACAACCUGAAGCAGGCGUGGAUGGCCUCCCGGCGCGUGAGCAAGGACGACUGGUCCGAGUGGCUGAGGCGCAUCAGCAUCGCCGUACUCAAAGAGUCGCCCUCGCACGCGCUCAGGUCGUGCUGCGCGCUGGCCCAGUCGUACCCGCAGCUGUCCCGGGACCUGUUUAACGCGGCGUUCGUCUCGUGCUGGUCCGAGCUGGAUAAGGACCACCAGGGCGAGCUGCUGGACGCCGUUCGGCUGGCGCUGCGCUCACAGGAGAUACCCGAGAUCACGCAGACGCUGCUCAAUCUGGCAGAGUUCAUGGAACACUGCGACAUCGAGUCGCUGCGUAUCGAGAGCCGACUGCUGGGCGAGCAGGCGCUCCGGUGCCGCGCCUACGCCAAGGCACUCCACUACAAGGAGGAGGAGUUCCACAAGGGCGCCACCACGCAGGUGAUCGAGACGCUCAUCUCGGUCAACAACAAACUGCAGCAAAAGGAGGCCGCUCAGGGUCUGCUGGAGUUUGCGCGCAAGUACCACACCAAGUCUGUGGCGGUGCAGGAGCGCUGGCACGAGAAGCUGCACGACUGGCAGUCGGCGCUAGACGCGUACUCGGCCAAACUGGCUGAGCCGGCCGAGGACGACCGGCCGGCAGACUGCGACUUCAGCCUGCGGCUCGGACAGAUGCGCUGUAUGGAGGCGCUCGGACAGUGGGACCAGCUAUCCGGCGUGGCGGCCUCGGUGUGGCCUCAGGCGCCGCUGGAGGUGCGCCAGAACAUGGCGCGCAUGGCGGCCGUCUCGUCACUGGCCACGGCCACCUGGCAGACCAUGGAGCCGUACGUGCAGGCCAUCCCGCGCGAGACACAGGAGGGCGCCUUCCACCGGGCCGUGCUGGCCAUCAAGAAGGAACAGUAUGAGGAGGCCAAACAGUGGAUCGACACGGCUCGAGACCUGCUAGACACGGAGCUAACGGCCAUGGUGGGCGAGAGCUACCAGCGCGCCUACGGUACCCUGGUCAGCGCCCAGAUGCUGUCCGAGCUGGAGGAGAUCAUCACCUUCAAACUGGUCAAGGAGCGCCGCUCAGCCAUUCAGACCAUGUGGUGGGACCGGCUGCAGGGCUGCACGGCGGCUGUGGAGGACUGGCAGCGCAUCCUGCACGUGCGCUCGCUGGUUCUGCCGCCCCACCUCGACAUGAGGACCCGGCUCAAGUUCGCCGCACUCUGCCGCAAGAGCGGACGGCUGAACCAGUCUCGUCAGAUUCUGGACGAGCUGAUAGCGGAGAACCCAGGUCCGUCCCAGAAGGAUAACCCGCACGUGCGCUACGCCUACAUCAAGUACCAGUGGGCGGCCGGCGACAAACCCGAGGCGCUCAGGCGGCUCGAGAGUUUCGUGUCGGCCUCUGUGAGCACGUACGGCCGUGCGGCGGCGCUGAGCGCCGGCCAGGUGCCGCAGCUGAGCUCGGACGAGCCGCGCGGCGAGUCGCCGGCCAUCCUGCUCUCCCGCUGCUUCCUCAAACUGGGAGCCUGGAAGGAGGAGUUUGAGCCGCUCUCCGAGACCACCAUACCGGCCGUGCUGCAGUACUACCAGUACUCGACCAAGUACGACCCGAGCUGGUACCGCGCCUGGCACGCCUGGGCCUUCAUGAACUUCCAGGCGGUGCUCUUCUUCCGUGGCCGGUGCGCCGUGUCGCCCGCCGCCGGCGCCGGCGAGGCGGUGCGCUCUGGCCGCCACCUUCCGUUCGUGGUUCCGGCCGUGCAGGGUUUCGUCCGCUCCAUCUCCCUCAACACGGGCAGCAGUCUGCAGGACACCCUGCGCCUCCUCACCCUCUGGUUCGAGUACGGGCAGGUGCCUGAGGUCAACGACGCCCUCACCGAGGGACUCCGGAAAAUCAAAAUCGACAACUGGCUGCAGGUGAUUCCGCAGCUGAUAGCCCGGAUCGACACGCCUCGGCCGCUGAUCGCGCGGCUCAUCACAUCGCUGCUCACGGAGCUGGGAAAGGUCCACCCGCAGGCGCUGGUGUACCCGCUGACGGUGGCCAAGAAGUCGUCGGUGCCGGCCCGGGAGCGCGCCGCCCAGAUGAUCCUCAAGAACAUGCGCGAGCACUCGGAGACACUCGUCCAGCAGGAGUUCAUGGUGUCGGACGAACUGAUCCGCGUGGCGAUUCUGUGGGACAACCGGUGGCACGAGGGCCUGGAGGAGGCGUCCCGGCUGUAUUUCGGCGAGCGCAAUAUCCCAGCCAUGUUCGCCGUCCUGGAGCCGCUGCACGCAAUGAUGGAGCGCGGGCCCGAGACGCUCAAAGAGAAGAGCUUCACUCAGGCUCACGGCCAGGAGCUGCAGGACGCGCACGAGCUGUGCCGCCGCUACAAGAGGAGCGGCAACGAGCGAGAGCUGAACCUGGCCUGGAACCGCUACUACCAGGUGUUCCGGCGGAUCUCCAAACAGCUGCCGCUCAUCACCAACCUCGACCUGCCGUACGUGUCGCCGGCGCUGAUGAACGCGCGCGACCUGGAGCUGGCCAUUCCGGGCAGCUACGUGCCGCACAUGCCCAUCAUCCGGAUCGCGCGCGUCAAAUCCACCCUGACCGUGUUCAGCACCAAACAGAGGCCGCGCAAGGUCACCAUGAGAGGCAGCGACGGUCGCGACUACACGUUCCUGGUGAAGGGCCACGAGGACCUGCGCCAGGACGAGCGGGUGAUGCAGCUGUUCGGCCUGGUGAACACGCUGCUGAAGACGGCGCCGGAGACGAUGCGGCGCAACCUGGCCAUCCAGCGGUUCGCUGUGGUGCCGCUGAGCACCAACAGUGGCCUGAUCGGCUGGGUGCCGCACUCGGACACACUGCACACGCUCAUCAGGGACCACCGCGAGAAAAAGAAGAUCAUGCUCAACAUCGAGCACAAAAUCAUGCUGAGGAUGGCGCCGGACUACGAGCACCUGACGCUACUACAGAAGGUCGAGGUGUUUGAGCACGCGCUGGAGACCACCAAGGGCGACGACCUGGCGCGCCUGCUGUGGCUCAAGUCGCCCUCCUCGGAAGACUGGUUCGACCGGCGCGCCAACUUCACCCGCUCACUGGCAGUGAUGAGCAUGGUCGGAUACGUGCUCGGACUGGGAGAUAGACAUCCGUCCAACCUGAUGCUGGACCGUAUGAGCGGCAAGAUCCUGCACAUCGACUUCGGCGACUGUUUCGAGGUGGCCAUGACGCGGGAAAAGUUCCCAGAGAAGAUCCCCUUCCGGUUGACGCGGAUGCUGGUCAACGCCAUGGAGGUGACGGUAUCGAGGGCACGUACCGGAUGACGUGCGAGUCUGUGAUGACGGUGCUGCGGAAGAACAAGGACAGCCUGAUGGCCGUGCUCGAGGCGUUCGUGUACGACCCGCUCUUCAACUGGUGCCUGGUCGACAGCCCGCGCGCGCAGGUGCGGCGUCACCCGACGGGCGGCGGCGGCCCGGGCGGCGCCGGCGGGCCCGCAGAGGGCGACGCCGCCGACCUCGAGCAGGGCGCCCAGCUGGGCUCCAGCCCGCCGCUGAGGAGUCGGCACAACAGCAGCAUCGAGGGACAACAGCGCAUCGGGGACGGCGACGCCGUAGUGCCCGAGGCGCAGAACAAGAAGGCCGUGCAGAUCAUCCAGCGGGUGCGGGACAAGCUGACGGGCACGGACUUUGCCAACGAGGUACCGCUGUGUGUGCGCGACCAGGUGGACCGGCUCAUCCUGCAGGCCACAUCGCACGAGAACCUCUGCCAGUGCUACAUCGGAUGGUGCUCGUUCUGGUGAUCUCUGCGAUGUCGGUGUCUGCGCCAUGGAGCACCGGUUUGCGCUGCGGAGCACCGGUACGCGCUGUGGAGCCCCGUUACGCGGGCUGUGGAGCUCUCCGCGCUGUGGAGUCCCUGUGUGACAGGGCUUGUGUAAAAAGCAGGGACAGCGGCGGCGCCUGUGAGCCGCCCGGCUUGCCAUCGUGUUUGUGCCAGCUGCGCCGACUAGUGACGGGUGUCUGAUGUUUAUAGCAGCUGAGAGGAGUUUGAUGAGAAUUAUUAGCCUUCGGGCGGUCCGGGCGGGGUGAGCGGGCCCUGUCCGAUUACAGAGGAGGUACUGGCGUGGUGCGUUUGUAUAGCGGCCGGCACGUGAAGUCUGCGCGCCCCCGCCACGCCCGCUCUGGCCGGCUGGAGCUUAUCGUUAUGUGCGGGGCAGAUAUUGUGCACGCCGCUCAGUGGGAAAUGCAUAUACUGUAUGUUUAUUUGAGGCAUUUGUUGGCUCUACACCGAACCGCAGUCAUGCUCGAGAUCAACCGUUUGUUCUUAUUUGCGAGUCAUUUUGAGAUAAUCUCUGACGUAUUGAGUUGGCCACCGUUUCUAAUAUCGAACGCUGGUCUGGCAUUGAUUCGUAUUUGGAUCCGGUUCCAGCCGCGUUUGCCUGCGAAAUGUUACUGUGGUCAUUAUGGAAUAGAGAGCUGGUUGAAAUGCU